AUGACUGCUUUAUUCGAGUUUAUUCACUUGGAGCGGAAAGAUCUAAGUGCUAUUACGCGACGAGUAAUCAGUCUCCAAUAUCUUACUACUGCAGAUUCAGAGCUCGAGGAGCUUGGCGAGCAACUGCCGCGCUACCGGCCGGACUCUAUCGCAGCAUUACGAAGAGCAACGCGGUUCAGUGAACCAGAGCUAAAAAGGCUAUAUCGAGGCUUCAAAGCAGAAUGCCCUACGGGCGUGGUACGAGAGGAAACGUUCAAGCUGAUUUACUCUCAGUUCUUUCCUCAAGGAGUCAAUAAAGUGAAUGUUGUAGAUGAG